AUGGCUUCAAAACAAGACCUUCUGCAUGUAUUUAUUGUUACUUUUCCAUCGCAAGGCCAUGUCAAUCCACUCCUCAGACUCGGAAAGCUUCUGGCUUCAAAGGGUAAGCUUCUCGUCACCUUCUCCUCCAGCAAAUCUAUCGGAAAAAAGAUGAAGGAAGCUGGUGCAGCCCUCUCCGGUGAACCCACUCCGGUGGGCGUCAGCGGCGGUGGUCUGAUCCGGUUUGAGUUCUUUGACGAUGGAUGUUCUGAAGACAAUGAUGACGAACGCUUUGACCUAGAAACAUAUUUGCCUAAGCUUGAGGCUUUUGGCAAGAAAGCACUCACCGGCAUCCUCAACCACCAUGCACGAGAAGGCCGACCAGUAUCGUGCCUAAUCAACAACCCCUAUGUGCCGUGGGUUUGUGACCUGGCGGAAGACCUUAACAUCCCUUCUGCAAUGCUUUGGGUGCAGUCUUGUGCUUGCUUUUCUUCCUAUUAUCAUUACGAAAAUCGAUUGGUUCCUUUUCCGAGUGAAGAACAACCAGAUAUCGACGUUCAGUUGCCGAACAUGCCGUUGUUGAAAUCCGAUGAGAUUCCAAGCUUUCUACACCCUUUUACACAGUAUUCGUUCUUGAGAAGAGCCCUUUUAGCGCAGUUCAAGAACUUGUCGAAGACGUUUUGUGUAUACAUGGAAACAUUUCAAGAACUUGAGGAUGAUCUGAUCAAGUACAUGUCUCAAGUAUGCCGGAUCCGAGAAGUGGGUCCGUUGUUCAAAAACCCAGUACUCGAAACCAGCUCUAAUAUCUCAGGCGACCUGAUAAAAGCCGACGACUGCUUAGGGUGGCUCGACUCAAAGGACCCUUCAUCGGUGGUUUAUAUAUCAUUCGGGAGUGUUGUCAGCUUGAACCAAGAACAAGUGACUGAGAUGGCUUAUGGGGUUCUAAAUUCUGGUGUGUCGUUUUUGUGGGUGAUGAGGAAGGGUGAGAGUUUUAAUGGGGUGAAAUCUGGCAGGUUGCCGGAGGGGUUCUUGGAGGCGGCAGGUGAUCGGGGCAUGGUGGUCCACUGGAGCCCGCAAGCUCAGGUUCUGUCUCACCCGGCGGUAUCUUGUUUUGUCACUCACUGUGGGUGGAACUCGACGAUGGAGGCUUUAUCGAGUGGUGUUCCGGUGGUGGGUUUCCCGCAGUUGGGGGAUCAAGUGACGAAUGCCAAGUACUUGGCGGAGGAGUGGAAGGUCGGAAUUAGGUUAUGUAGGGGUGAGAGUGAGAAUAGGGUGAUCGGGAGGAAAGAGGUGGAGGAGUGCUUAAGGGAGGCUACUUGCAGUGUAAAGGCCGUGAAGAUGAAGGAAAAUGCAUUGAAAUGGAAGAAAGCGGCGGAAGAGGCGGUGGCGGACGGUGGAACGUCGGACCGGAAUCUUCGAGAGUUCGUGGAUGAUGUUAGAAGGUUAAGUGCGGAUAAGUUACGUGUUGAAUUAAUAAACGUUAAUUCCACAUAA